AUGCCGCGACUAAGCGCAGUGUCACGUUGCCCUUUGGUCCUUUUAAGACUUGCAUGUUGGCCAAUUCUACUUCCAACUGGAGUACGUGUACGGAGUAUUGAUCAAAUAAUUCCAGCUUGGACUCAAAAGCCCAUCAAACAAGAUGUGAUCUAUGAAGAUCUCCAGGGACUGAAAGACUCCCUUCAGAAGCUGCAAAAAUUACCCCCACUAGUGACAACACGAGAAGCAAUGCAUUUGUACUUCAGGGUGGUAUGUUUGACAAGUCCCUAUAUCUGGCGUCAACUAACGACUCCAGGUGAUUGUGCCGAGCUCUUUGACUACUGUAACCAAGAUAUGAUCGAAGCCAAAGUAAAGCUUUUGUUGCAAAUGAGUCUGGUUCUUAUUUGGGGCGCCAACAAGCCCGUCAUCCGCAUUGCCCGGAUUGCAGGCCAAUUCGCCAAACCCCGAUCAAGCCCAACGGAAGUAAUCAAUGGGGUCGAAAUGCCCUCUUUCCGCGGCGACAACAUCAACGGCUUCGCCGCAGACCCGACAACCAGACAACCAGACCCAACCCGUCUAGUCUCUGCCUAUUUCCACUCAGCCGCAACGCUAAACUAUCUCCGCGCCUCACUCUCCUCAGGCCUAGCAGACCUACACUCCCCACUAGACUGGGGCCUCGGACAUGUAAUCACCCCAUCCAUCAAAGAGCAAUACACCAAGACCGUAAGCGCCGUGAAAGACGCACUACGGUUCAUGCGCACGGUAGGAAUCGACAAAGACCGCGGUGUGGAAACAGCAGAUAUCUUCACCAGUCAUGAAGGUCUAUCACUUGAAUAUGAACAGAGUCUCACGCGACAAUUGCGACACCCCGCCACAGCCGAAACAGGCUACUACGCGACAUCUGGUCAUUUCCUGUGGAUUGGGGAUCGGACGAGGCAGCUUGAUGGAGCGCAUGUGGAAUUUUUCCGUGGGAUUGCGAAUCCGGUUGGAAUUAAGAUUGGGCCUAGUAUGGCUCCUGAUGAGCUGGUUCGGUUGUUGGAUGUUGUUAAUCCGGAUCGGGAGGUUGGAAAGGUAACCUUGAUUUCGAGGUAUGGGGCUGGCAAAAUUGCGGACUUCUUGCCUGGACAUAUUGCUGCUGUGCAGGCUUCGGGUCAUGUUCCUGUUUGGCAAUGUGAUCCUAUGCAUGGCAAUACGCAGAGUACACCUUCUGGAGUGAAGACGCGGCACUUUACGGAUAUUUUGUCGGAGUUGAAGCAGGCUUUGGAGAUUCAUCGGGCUGCUGGGUCUUUCUUGGGUGGUAUGCACCUUGAACUCACUGGCGAGGCUGUCACUGAGUGUGUGGGCGGUGCAGCUGGGUUGACGGAGGAUGGACUGGGAGAACGGUACACGACUUUCUGUGACCCUAGACUCAAUGAGAAGCAGGCUCUUGAGUUGGCCUUCUUGGUUGCUGGGUUUUACCGCGAGGAAUCAGAUGAUUGA